CAAAUGCAGAAUUUCCAGAACACAGUACAAAGACAACAGGCUUUGGCUCUUAUGUGCAGAAUAUAUGUUGGAAGUAUAAACUUUGAAAUAAAAGAAGACACUAUAAAACAAGCGUUCCUGCCAUUUGGUCCUAUCAAAAGUGUGAACCUGUCAUGGGAUCCCAUUACAAACAAACACAAGGGGUUUGCAUUCAUAGAGUAUGAUAUACCAGAGGCUGCUCAGUUGUCACUGGAACAGAUGAAUGGUGUAAUGAUUGGUGGCAGAAAUAUAAAGGUUGGUCGACCUAGCAAUAUGCCGCAAGCACAGCCUAUUAUAGAGCAGAUUGCUUCAGAAGCUAAAAACUACAAUAGAAUUUAUAUAGCCUCCAUACAUCCAGACCUUACAGAGAAAGAUAUCUCAAGUGUGUUUGAAGCAUUUGGUAAAAUUGUAAGCUGUAUGCUGAUUAAAGAUCCAACAUCUAAAGGAGGACUAAGACAUAAGGGUUAUGGUUUUAUAGAGUACACAAAUUCUCAAUCAGCAACAGAUGCUGUGGCAUCCAUGAAUCUGUUUGAUCUGGGAGGACAAUACCUUAGAGUAGGAAGAGCAAUAACUCCACCAGAUGUAUUGAUGCAGCCUCAGACACCAGGUCUUGGCGCUAUGCCAACAGCAGCAGCAGUAGCAGCUGCAGCAGUCACUGCUAAAAUAACAGCAAUGGAUGCUCAACAGCAGCUUAUUCCUCCAGGCGUAGUAAACCCAACCCAGUUGGGUGUUACAGGUAGCCCAAAAUUAGGGUUACAAGCUGACCUUAACAUGAUUGGAGGCCCUGGUGUAGUUAUACCACAGUCUCUAGGCAUAGCUCCGCCCACUGUGGCAAAUAUACCACCACCAGGUGUCGUCACUGCAGGCUUGGCGGGACCUAAAGCUCUUCCUAAAGUAUCAUCUAUGAUGCCGCCAACGACAGGAAACAGUUUACAGGCUGCGAUCUCUUCAAUGGUGGACUCGGACUCGGAGAAAAGACGAGAGAAGGAGAAAGAGAAAGAACGAGAGAAGAAAGAAGCUGAGAAGAAGAUGGCAGAGGAAGAAGUAAAUCAAACAUUAGAACAACAAGAGACGAUGAAGAUUAGUGGUAGUAACGCGCGGCACAUGGUGAUGCAGAAAUUAAUGAGACAAUCUCAGAGUAGAGUAAUGGUAUUGAAGAAUAUGGUAGGUCCGGAGGAUUUAGAUGAUGAGUUACAGGCCGAGGUAUCGGAUGAAUGCGGCAAGUAUGGACAGGUGAACAGAGUAAUUAUAUAUCAGGAAAGACAGGGAGAAGAAGAUGAUGCUGAAGUUAUUGUGAAAAUAUUUGUAGAAUUCAGCGAUUCUGCUGAAGUGGAAAAAGGCUGCCAGUCAUUAAAUGGACGGUGGUUCGGUGGACGACUUGUGCAGGCGGAAAAAUACGAUCAGGAUUUGUUUGAUGCAAAUGAUCUCUCGGGUUGAAAAUAUCUCUUCACCCAAUGUGUUGUCAUUUUAAUCAUUCAUCAUCGACAGGUCUACCUAGAACAUCAAAUGUGUUGUUUUCAUGAUUACGAAAUAACAAUAGGACAAUGGUAUGACUAACGCAGGGAUAUCGAUUUGUGUAUAAUGUAAAUAAAAAACAAUUUAUAUUUACAAAUAGAACUUUGAAAAAAAAAAAUAACAUAAAUGAAUUUAAUUUUUUUUUUUGAUUCAGUGAAAUUAUGAAAUAUAGAAUUUAUUAAUUAAAGUUAUAAGAAUGUUCCAGAGAUAUGUUUCACUCAGUGAAUAUAAAAGUGAUAUAUGUUAAAGAUAUGUUUGGGGUUGAAAAAAGUUGUUAAAAUAUGACUCUACUUUGUCUUUUAAAUUUUUGUGGAUUUUAGCAUUUUCAGUACUUUAGUAUUGAAACUAGUUAAAGGGUGGCAAAAUCAAUUGUGUAUUACCCGAGUUGUCCCAACAGCCUGUUUUAAUGUUGAAAUUCCUCGUACUAAGAUUGAAUACAUGUAGUUCUAAGAUAAGUGCAGAACUAAUGUAAUACAAAUGUACAUAUUUUUAACACAGUAAAAAUAAAAAGUAUAGAAAGGUUAUUAAAUCUGACAGGUUUAGUUUAAACUUAUAUGAUUGUUUUAAAAGGCAUUGACCUGUAGAACAUUAUCAUUAAAAUUGUUAGGUUUUUUUACUACAAUUUUUUUAUAUAAAAGCAAUUUUUAAAACAUUCUAUUUUGUGGAAAGAUUAAUAUAACCAUAAACCUAAGUAAAAUUGUUUGUGGGCACACUUCAUAAAAAGAUACUUUCUGAUUGGUUAAGAUUUUUACAAUGGAGUCUUUAUCAACCAAUCAGAUUGUUUGUAAUUGAUCUCUGAAAUAAUCCAUCAUCAUGUGUCUGGUUUAAUGGAGAAUUUAUUUGAACUGGUCCUUUUAUCUGUUGUCGUGCAUCAUUUAACAUUAGGGUUCAUUGUAAAUACCAUUUUCCUCUUAGGCAGUACAUAUCCAGCUAGUUUACAGACGGACCAUGACUUUACUUGAAGUUCAUUUGUGCCUGAAAUAAUGCACAGAUUGGAGCUUGUGUCACUUUGGAUAAAAUUUCAAAUUGGUCAUCGGAUGACGUUGGCUCAAAACAAAGUGUCUGUCUGAUUGUAAACUGAUGUAUAAAAAUAGUAAUAAGAGAAUAAAGUUGCACAUAAUGUAUAUAUAAGAAAGUCCCUGGCUUCUUAUAAUAAACAUCAAUAUUGUUUAGUUUGUCAGACUGCUUUAGUUGAGUCUGAAUUUUUUUUAGACAGAUGACAAUAUUUUUCUGAUUUUGAAAGUGUGUUAAAAAAAUACUUAUUGUUUUUAUCGGAGCUUGUCACAUUAAAUUUUUUGAGGCAGGAUUUCCCCUUGCAUAGUUUUUUUGUGUGUAUAUUUAGCACAUUUUAGCACAGUCUUUCUUUUGAGGAUGUUCUUUAUGAAAAUUGAUUGAGAUUUACAGUAUGUCUAAAUUUCAAUUUUGCAUAAUUUGUACACAGAUUGUUCAUGUAAAUUAUGAAUAAUGAAAAACAAAAA